AUGUCCGGUGCCUAUGCUUCGUAUCCGGCCACUACGCCAUCACCAGGAAAAUCAUGGCAAGCGAAACUGGAGGAGCACUGCAAAGAGAAUGGUGUCCCUAGCCCGGAGUUCGUGAUCGUGUCCGAUCGUCGAGGAGGUCGCACGGCCUGGUCCAGCUCGGUCACUGUUCGAGGCAUGUUAUUCAAGGCUCGGUUUUGGUACGAUGGCAAGAACCUCCACAACGCCAAGGAAGAUGCGGCCGAGUUAGCUGUGAACUACUUUCAUGACCUCGGUCAGAACUGCAGGCCGGGCAUGUACUCUCGAGGACCGGUGCGCUAG